AUGAAUGUAGUUCUGGCCUCUUUCUUACUGGCUUUGGUCUGGCCCAGUGACGGUCUGCUCUGGCGGCAAGAUGCACAGCGUGACGCGCACCCGAGACUGGCUUCACUGAUCGCUUCCCUCAACCAAACAGCCAGACUAAAGCUGGGUUCAGGCGCGAGGUCGUCGGCCCCAUACUUGCGGAGCUUGGAGGCCACCUUACUUGCGAUGGCCCAAAACACAUCGCAAAUCCCUUCCCAACUCCUGCAUGGAGUUAAGUCAGAUGUUAUGACAAUGGUUUCAAAUGAGUUGAAGCCCAGGAUCAUCACGGAGCAUAGUCAAAUCCAGUCUCAGAUUGCCGAAUUCAGCGGUCUUUUUGCCAAGUGUGAGGAGGUGCGGGGAGUCGGUUUGAACGAGUCCUAUUCGGAGCAACAGGCGAUUCCAGUCUUGAUUGCCAACCACAAGGCAUGCAGAAAGCAGGAGUCCGCUUUGCAAGACCGACUGUCCGCUUGUAGAACGGCGCUGCAAUCUUCCAGACUGGUCGAUGCUUCGACCUGCGAGUCUGCGAGGCUUUUGGAUCGGAUCCCGGAAGCCUCGGUUUGCUCAGCACUGAAUGGUGAAAGUGCCGAGGCUUAUCACCAGCGCAUGCUGGACGUGUUCCGAGAUCGGUUGAAGAACAUUCGAAUCCGACGGCUCCUGUGUCAGAACACCACUGGAGCUCUGCACUUGCAAGAGUCAGCUUGCGAUACCCAAGCCAGAGAAGUUGAGGAGCAAAGGACAAGCUGCAAUUUGAUGCAGCGACAGCUCGAUGCUUCGGCUUGCGACCUUUCCAUGUCCAUGAACACAACUUGCUCAAAGUACCAGGCCUGUCGGUCGCAGGCAACCCUCUCCUACGACCUGGUGCGAAACACUGUAAAGGCCAGGGAGUCCAACCUUCAUGAUGAGUGGAAGGCGUUAAAGCACAUUGAAUGCAUCCUGGAAGCCAUGGUGGGAAGCAACAUUAUGAGCGCAGCACAAGAAUGUGGCCGAGCGAUCUACAGCGUUGCACAUCUCAUGGUCGUCUACAUCACUAUGCCACCAUGCCAAGCUUGCGAAGACUUAGCCGAAGUGCCCGGCACUGCAGACUACAAUGCCACAGUCUUCGCUGACAUACCAGCCAACGCACCUGUCACAGAAUGUGCUGCCUCCUGCUGCUUCACUUGA